AUGCCUGAUGGGGACUCUAUGCCUUUCCCCGUAGUGGCCUUCAUAGAGUGUGGAUUUAGGUUCCCUCUCAACAUCCUUUUCCGCAAAGUCCUUCAUUAUUACAAACUUAACCCAAUGCAGCUGGCCAUCAACUCUUACAGAGUCAUUAACGCUCUUCCUCAACCUCCAAAGGACUUCCACAAAACCUGCUAUCCCAGCAAAGACUUCAAGAAGCUGCUGGGCUUGCCUGUCAAUCAGCGCAAGGCCCCUUUGCUGCUCAACUACAUCUUGACCUAUAAAUCCACAUUGCCCGACGUCCCUAAGAAGAGCAACCGAAAACGCCAAAGUGUUGAGGCGUCGGCUUCCGAUCCAGCCAACCCACCAACUGCACUUCUGGCAAUUCAUUUUGGUACUAGAGUCACAAUCGCCACCACUGCCAACGAGAUAGGAUGCAACAAGGCUGUCGUUGAAGACCUUCUUGCCGACAUCCCUGGUGUUGUCAUAGUCCAAUCUUCACCAUCACAAUCCCAACCCAAACCAAAGCAAAAAAGGGUAAAGAGGGCCAAGGAAAAAGCCUCUUUCACCCAAGUUGAAUUUGAAGAUACAGUUCCAAUCUCAAAGCUUGCCGAGAUUGAGAAAACUAGCUCUGUUGCCGAAAAGAGACCUGCUGAGGAUGACCCCUCUGAAACUGCUAAGUCAAAGAAGUUGAGCCAAUCUGAGGCUAAGGCUGGGGAGGAAGAAGACGAAGAAGAAGAGGAUGACGAAGAGGCUGAGGUGGCAACCAAUGCUGCGGGUUCUGCUGGGGAUGAGGAGGACGAGGUCCAAAAGACCAUUUCUGAGGCCGAGGUCGAGACUGCCAAUAAGAGCCUUGAUGACACACUGCGUGAGAUUGAUGCCGAGGUAGAGGCUAACAAGAGUGUAACACCACCAGCCGAUGAAGCCAACCCUAACACUUAG